AUGAGUCCGAAUCCAGCUGGCUCGACCGCUCUCCCCCCGAAGGAGGCCAACCUCUUCAAGGCCGUCGUCCGUCUUUACGAAACCAAGCAGCUCAAGAAGGCCCUCAAGUCUGCGGAUUCAAUUCUCAAGCGCUUCCCACACCAUGGCGAGACCCUCGCCAUGAAGGGUCUGACCCUCAACGCCCUCGACAAGAAACCAGAAGCCACUGAUCUUGUCCGUCGCGGUCUGCGCAUGGACAUGCGCUCCCAUAUAUGCUGGCAUGUGUACGGACUGCUCUACCGCUCCGACCGCGACUAUCGCGAGGCUGCAAAGGCCUAUCUGAACGCACUCAAGUUCGACAAGGAUAAUCAGCAGAUUCUUCGUGAUCUCGCCCUUUUGCAAAUUCAAAUUCGCGAUUAUGAGGGUCUUGAGGAUACAAGGAGGACUCUGCUCACUGUCAGACCGAGCCAGAGACAUAACUGGAUCGGCUUUGCACUAUCAUUUCAUCUUCUCGAUAAUUAUUCCAUGGCUGUCUCCGUCUUGGAUACCUAUCGCGAAACGCUUAAGCAGAGCAAUGACCCUGAAGAUAGAUACGAAGCCUCUGAGCUGCUUUUGUACAAAGCAUUCGUUCUCGAGGAGAGCGGCGAGCACGCCGCUGCGCUUCAACAUAUUGCAGACUGCGGCCCGAAGCUCGUCGAUAAGCUUGCACUGCGCGAAACAAAGGCGAGAAUACUCGGUGCUCUAGGUCGCUUCGAUGAAGCCGCUGAGGAACUCGUCGCCCUGCUCAGAAUUAAUCCGGACAAUCGUAUUUAUCAGAGAGGAUUGCAGAGUUUCAGAAUUUGUUCAGCGAAUGAAAAACAGCCUAAGGAGCCCAAUGGAGUCAUGUCGUAUGAGCGGCCGCUAAGCGAGCAGUUUCCGAGAAGUCGCACCGCUCAACGAAUUGCUCUUGAUAUAUUGCCGUCCGCCGAACACCCAGAGUUUAUCCCGAGAGUCGAUGCAUACGUGCGCAAGUUUUUGAGAAAAGGAGUAUCGUCGCUGUUUUCGGAUAUGCGACCAUUAUAUAGCAAUCCAACCAAGGCAGCGGCCCUCGGCAAGUUAUUUGAGAAUUUCCGACAGUCUCUUGAAAAGGGUGACCAUUCUACGGCCUCCAAGCAGAAUGGAAGUGACGGAAAUGCCCCCACCCCAGUUUUGUUGUGGGUACUUCACUUUCUGGCGCAGCACUACGAUUGCCUUAGACAAUAUGAUCGCGCCUUGGAUACCAUCGAAAAGGCCAUUGAGCUCAGCCCUGCCACAGUUGAAUGCUAUCUGGUUAAAGCGAAAAUUCUUAAACACUGUGGAGAUCCCAAAAAAGCGGUGGAUGUGUGUGAUGAAGCCAGAAAGUUGGAUCUCGCCGAUCGAUAUCUCAACACAAAGUGCUCAGAGUACGCGCUGCAAGCAAACAUGGUGCCCGAAGCCGAGGCGUGGGUGGCACUAUUCACCAGGGAUGCAGAUUCAGGAGGUAUACAGGCUUUGUACGACAUGCAAUGCAUGUGGUUUGAACUGGGCGCAGCAGAGUCGUACCUAAGACGAGGGCAACUGUCUCAAGCUCUGAAACACUUCACAGCCGUCGAGCGCCACUUUGCAGAUAUGGUAGAAGACCAGUUCGAUUUCCAUUCGUACUGCAUACGCAAAGUAACGCUGCGAGCGUACGUGCGCCUGCUGCGGUUUGAAGACCAUAUUCGCAAUCAUCCGUACUAUUCCCGGGCGGCCUCUGGUAUUGCGCAAUGUCUGCUUCGCCUCUAUGAUUUGCCGGAGCGUGAGCGGAAUAUGUUAACGGGCGAGCAUGCUGACAUAGAAGGCUUUGCAGAGAUGACAGACGCGCAGCGGAAAAAGGCUAUUUCUAAACGUAAGAAACAGCUUGCGCGUCAAAGACAGACUCAACACGGGACGUCAGGAAGCAAGGGAUCUGGGAAACAUCCCACCAAUCCGGGGAGACCAACUGCAAACGGGUCAGAUCCGAUUUUGGAGGAGGCGACGAGAAUCGUUCGGGAGCUUGAGCGAAAUUUGAGCGACCGAUUACAAACUCAGGUUAUCUCUUUUGAGCUUGCAAUUCGAAAACGGAAGUACCUACAGGCGCUCCGUGCCGUCAGAAGAGCGCAGCGAAUGUAUCCGGAAGAUGCGAAAACUCUAGAAAUUUCGGUGAAGCUUGCUCAUGAGAUAGCGAAGAGCAAUGCUCGAGAGUCAUUCUCUGAAGUUGUGAAGAGCGUAUACGACUGCGAGGGUGACAUUCUGGGGGGCAAAAAACCAACAGAGUUCAUCGAAAAUUAUGUGCAAAAGAACAGGUCGUAUGCCGAAAGGCGAGUAGGGGCUGCGCGCUGCAAACUGUGGCUAGCUAAGAAUGGAGAAAAGGGCGUGGGGUCACUAGAGGAGAUUUGCAAGUCCCUGACAAAAGCCAUCGACGAAUGCGAGGUUGACGGGGCACUUGUGAACUUUUUGAGUGCAGACUUUAUGCGAGACUUGCUGAUCGAACUGAAACGAUCCGGCAUCGAUGCUAAGUGGUUCUCUCUUGUGGUUGAGAGCUGUCGUGCAAAAUAUCCCAGAUCUAGUUGGUUUUGAUCGCGAAGACGCUUUGAUGAUGAGUUUGUGUGGGAUAUAUGGGGGACAAAUAGCAUGAGCCAGGCUGAAGCGGCUGAUACAAGCUUUGGGAAGGUAGUGAACUGAGUUUUUAAAUUUCCGGAGCGAAGGGUGCUGUCGCUUCCUCUGGCGGUCAAGGUAGCCUUUUGUGUAUUAAUUGGAUUGUCGUCUGCGAAGAAGAAGCUGACUUCUGAUCCGUUGGAGCCACGCGGAUCAGCGUAUUUAUUUUGGUUGAAUGCGGAGAACUAGAAAAUGAGGGUGCCCUCGGCCAAGUAAAACAGAGAAGUGAAGGGCCUUUGCGCUGCAGGAGGGUUCUGGUUAAAGGAGGCCGAGGACGUCAACAAUGGAAUUGGCAAGGCUAACCCUUCCAUGCAGGUCUUACGAUGACAUCCGCAAGAUGCUCCGCGAACUCCUCCCCUUGAUUCCCCUUCCAUUGGUUGACACUGUCUACAGAACGUCACGAGCGACAGAGCAUGGAUGGCUUAUUCACGCAUUUUAAUUCCCGUUAAAGCAUGGGAGCUUGAAGCGGAAUGGCACCGGAGUCUCAUCGAACAGUCACUUGCAAAAUCGAGACUGGAUGUGGAGUAGCCGCUGGCUGUACCAAUCAUGUACGUCAUGGAAACAUUAAUACUUCAUGCAACCUGUUUGUAGGAGUGUAGACGUUGCGCACGGAACCCCACCGUAGGUACUGCAUUGCAUUCGUUGGAGUGUGGUGAUCUGGCGUGAGGGUUGUCGGUCGAGGCUGAGAUGCGGGCGAGAAUAUCUCCACAUCUCGAACCUUGUGACGCAUUGGCGGGAGCAACGACGCUCUAUAUUUUUUUGUCAGAUUGCAUGUCGAAGGGAACAUAGAUGCUCUCUAUUAUUAGGAUUGCCUUUUGUCAGUACUUGUACAGGCUGCCGAUCUCCGCCUCGACUCAAGAGACAUAAUGCUGUGCUAUCUUCAUGAAGAGUACGUGCCCCGUUGGGCUACGGUCCAGUCGCUGUAGGAUGGACCGAAGACUCUUUGUCACUGUACGAUUGUCGGAUGGGCCCUCGAGGCGUGAUUGGAUAUGUCCAUGGUAUGAGGCUAUCGAGGGCCUAUGAUAGAGCAGUGGUGAGGAGAGUUGACCUCUCCAAGCGCAAGCAAAAGAUUCGGCACAAGCCGGGUGGAUGCUCCUCCUCCCACCAUUGUUUAUUGCGGAGCACUAUCCUUUAAGUAUGCGGAUUACACGACCGUUCCGUAGAGUAAAUGCAAGGACACAUAU